AGCCUGGACACAGUCUGUUUGCCAUGCACUUUAUUUACAAGCACGAGCGAUAAACUAAAGCAUUUAUUUUGGAGAGAGCUCCGCUACACGGAACCAGCUCUUACAUUUGGUAGAAUUAUUGUGAUUUUUUUUUUUUUUUUUUUUUGCUGACAGACUAAGAGAGUUCAACUCACUACAGCACCACCAAUGAACAGUGAGAGAGACCUGCGCAUAUCGUCAGCAGCCGCUUCUCCAGCCUCAAGCUGAAAUUCGUCAGAGAUCACAGAGGAUUUUUUUCUCUCUCAUUCAGUCCGGCAAUAAAAUAUAUUCUCAAAAGUUUGAGGAUAUAGCCGGCGGACACCGACUGUAUCCUGACUCGUCUGCUCAGUGAAAGGUCCUCAUAUUGCAACUAUGUGUGGACGAAGCAGGACGGCCUUUCUGUUUCUGUGGGCUGGCUUGCUUGUCACCAACAGCGUACUGGGUGGGAAAAGCUCUGGGCAGAACGGCAUGACAGAUGAGCAGAAAGAUAACACAACAGUGUUCACCAAGAUCUUAGACAGUCUUCUCGAUGGCUAUGACAAUCGCCUCAGGCCAGGACUAGGAGAGCGUGUAACCGAAGUCAAGACUGACAUUUUCGUGACUAGUAUUGGACCCGUUUCGGACCAUGAUAUGGAGUACACCAUCGAUGUUUUCUUCAGACAGAGCUGGAAGGACGAACGGUUAAAGUUCAAAGGACCCAUGGCCGUGCUGCGUCUCAACAACCUGAUGGCCAGCAAGAUCUGGACCCCCGACACCUUCUUCCACAAUGGCAAGAAGUCGGUGGCUCACAACAUGACGAUGCCGAACAAGCUGCUGCGAAUCACAGAGGAAGGCACGCUGCUGUACACCAUGAGGCUUACAGUAAGAGCAGAAUGCCCCAUGCACCUGGAGGACUUCCCCAUGGAUGCCCACGCUUGUCCGCUGAAGUUCGGCAGCUAUGCCUACACUCAAGCUGAGGUGGUGUAUGUGUGGACCAGAGGGGCUGCCCAGUCCGUGGUGGUAGCAGAAGACGGGUCCAGAUUAAACCAGUACGAUCUGAUGGGGCAGAGUGUGGAUUCUGGUGUGGUGCAGUCCAGUACAGGAGAGUAUGUUGUGAUGACAACCCAUUUCCACCUGAAAAGGAAAAUUGGUUACUUUGUGAUCCAGACAUAUCUACCUUGCAUCAUGACAGUCAUCCUCUCCCAAGUGUCUUUCUGGCUCAACAGAGAGUCCGUCCCUGCCAGGACUGUCUUUGGAGUGACCACUGUCCUGACCAUGACCACUCUCAGUAUCAGUGCCAGGAACUCCCUCCCUAAGGUGGCCUACGCCACGGCCAUGGACUGGUUCAUCGCCGUCUGCUACGCCUUCGUCUUCUCAGCCCUCAUCGAGUUUGCCACAGUCAACUACUUCACCAAGAGGGGCUACGCCUGGGAUGGAAAAAGUGUUGUGCCAGAAAAGCAAAAGAAGAAGAAGGAGUCCCUCCUCAAGAAGAACAACACCACUGCCUACCCAGCUGCCACUGCUACGGCCUUCGCCCCCAAUAUCGCCAGAGACCCUGGAUUGGCCACUAUUGCCAAAAGCGCCCCGGCACCCCCGACUGAGCCUAAGGAGGAGCCGAAGCCCAAACCUCCAGAGGCCAAGAAGACCUUUAACAGCGUGAGCAAGAUAGACAGGAUUGCCAGAAUAGCCUUCCCGCUGCUCUUUGGAACCUUUAACUUGGUCUACUGGGCAACCUACUUGAAUAAGAAGCCCAAGUUGCAGGGGAUGGGUCCACACUAAUCCUACAUUUCAUUCCUUUAAUAUUAUACUUGUCUAAUUUUUUUUUUUCAUUUAUUUUCAUAUGCCUCUUGUUUAUUUUCUUUUUUUAGACAAACAUGGUGUCCAUGCUAGUUUGAACUCCCAGUUGUUGCAUUGCUUCUAUGUUUAUCUAAAAGUUUGAAGAUUUUGAAAAAACUAAAUAGAGAAAAAAAAUAAAGUUAGCUAUACAGACUUUUGAAAGGAUGUUGUUCAGGUCUUGGGUGAUGCUACUAAGAAAAUGCUACUAUAAAUAUAUAGCCAAGAGAAUGCUAUUCUACAACUCUACAUUGCCCAAACCUGUUGGUGGGCUUUUAUUUCUAUGUUUGUUUUCUUAUUUAUUUAUUUUUUCUUUUAUUUAAAAAUGGAAUCACAGACACGGUAAAAAGGCACUUGUGUAUAUGCAUGAGCAGGGCAUCUUCUUAUGUGUUUAUUUAUUAAUCAAGAUACACUGACCACACAUAGCUUAGUUUAUUUGAUAUCAGCAGCAUCAAUGCUACGCUCAUUCUCUGUUCAAGUUUGAAUUCUUUGUAGAUGUUUUGCGAGAUUAAUUACGUCAUUUUGAAAAUACUUUAGGGUUUCUGCAAUAGCAAUAAAACAUGUCUCACACCAUUUAUUUAGGAAUACAAUAUUUAAAAAAAAUGCAGUCAUAAUGUGCUAAAAAUAUUAUUUUUGUUUCACAUAAUUGUAAAUAUUAUCAAGAGUUAGAGAUGUCAAUAUUAUGUUUAAGCUUUGCAAAGUGUAACUAAAGGGUAUGUUUAUUGAAUACAUGGAGAAGAUAACUUUUUUUUAUUUAAUCAGUUAUUUGCUUUGGUUCACGACACUAUAAAAAGAGUAUAUGCCGGUCUAAUUCACGCUUAAGUGACUGUUCGCGUUCCAUUCAAAGCUGCUUUCCCACUGAAGUAAAAUAUUAUCCAAUUUGUGUGUUUGUGUACACACUGACGGCCACAAAAACAUCAACGGUGUAAUCUGAGAUCAGUUGGUCGUGAGUAAGAUUGUAAAACACCCUCUUAAAUCCUGGAGCGCAUCCGACAUUUAGAAUUGAACCACACUUUCUUUUGUUUACUCUAUUUCUGGUGGGGCCAAAAUGCCGUUCAUAGCAAAGUCCAGUAGGCAUCGCUUAACGGCAGCCGGGGCACAUUAAGAAGGAGGACAUCGUCCUUCCCACCGUGUCCCUCCCCCCCGACCCCGUUUAGUCCCCCAUCUCCUUUCAGUUAUAAAAGAAUUGAGACAUAACACUCAGAAAGUACCAGCUACACUGCCUUCAGUAUCACACGCCCGUUUGGACUCAUUGGUUGCUAUUGGUGAGCAACAGCGACGGAGACAGAGACAGGGACAGGGACAGAAAGAGACAAAAGACAGGAAGGCGACGGUGAGUGGAAGUGGCACUGUAAAUCUUACUUUAGCCGGCAUUGCGUUUCUCACAGAGGACUCGUCUCGUGGUUCCACGAUAGCCACGCAGAUUAAUAUAUUUUUGUAGCAUGAUGUCAAUCCCUCUUCCGAGAAAAAGAACAGAAAACUGACGCAAAUGUGAAACGAAUGCUUCUGUUUUGUCUUGAAACAUUGCUUGCUCUUUUUUUUCUUUUAACUUAUUAAAAAACACACACACACAUUUGAAGUAGAUGCUUCUUCUCUGAUGUGGCAACAUUGAGGUUUCACAACAGUCCAUGUUAGAUUACGUUAAUGUAGCAAUAUUAAUUAGCAAGGGCUUUUCUUAGGACCUGAACACGACAGUCUGGGGCGGAUAUCCGUUGUAGCUUUACACUGACCCCUCUCCACUUGGGUUUGUCUUCUCGAUUUUGGUCAAAGAUAAGAUCUUUCGCCGUUUCCAGCCCGGCUUACGGAGCCUUCGGGUUCCCACACUACUUGUUUCACAAAACUCCACAUUUCUGGUUGGGGUGUGUUGUGUUGUGUCAUUGUGGGUGUGCUUUUUUUUUUUUUAAUAUGUUUUACAGGACGCUGAACGGGUUAUAUGACAUGUAAGAAUCCUGCAGAACUCUCUGAGCGCAGUGGUGAAGGGAUCACGCUACCGCCAGAGGAAUGCGAUAAAGAGGCCCCCCCCCUCUGGUUGUUGCUAAUUUUUUAUGAUUUGCAUCAUCAUUAUGACCAACGCUGAACCGAUCCCCUGACGGCAUACCUCUUUGCAGGUCUACCGUUAACAGCCACUUAAACUAAAGGCAGAGGCUCACGGAACUGCAGAGUUCAGGAAGAAGGGUUGUAUAAAGAUAUUUGAAUUCUAAACUAGUGUAUUUAUGUUUAUUAUCAUGAAGAAAAAAGCUAUAUAUACAUAUGUAAAAUACAUAAUGCAUACAGUAUUUGAUUCUAUUAAUGAAGUUACUAGCUAAGAUGAUGAUGAAUAUUGUUUGUAUAUCAACUAUUGUUAUGCAUUUUGCACAUUUAGAGAAACAAUAACAUUACAUUUCUGUAGUCAGCUUUGUGCUAUGCAAGGACAGCUUCGAACCCCAUCAUCCACCUUCUCUCCCUGCCCAUUGUGUUGCAGAUUUACAAGCUAUUAUGAACAAAAAAAAAAGGAAAUAAAAAUAAGCUUAGCUUUCACACCAGCUGCUCAACUGCUAGCUUUUUUUCUUUUUCUUGUAUAAACCACGGCCGCACAGGGUGACGUGGAAGAAAACAGUGGAACAUCUCUUUUGUUGGCGCUUUGUGGUUGAAGGGAAAACGGCUUUUUAUUUUUUGAUUGCACUUUUUCUCCAGAGACAUGCAAUAAAGUGAUCAGACUAAAAUAACCAGGAGCAAAACUGUAACAAGAUCAACUUAACGAUAUUCUGUUCAUUUCUUGAGCUUGUUUGUCAUUACAAAAAUGGAGGCAGGUGAAGAGGUCCCUUUGCUAAGUGGACGGUUCUGGUUAUCUUUUGCUCUCCAAAGCUUUACGAUAUUACAGGGUGAGAGAGUUUGACUUUGCGAGAGUAAGUGAAUUUUGUAAACUUUUCAGUCGGGAAAAAUCUUUGCUUAAGCCCCUUUCUUGUACUCCGAGCAGGAUCAACCAAAUGCUCCGGACCGUUACAGAUGUGUGUUUUUGAGCCAGGUCUGGUUUCGUUACGUUUGAUGCUCCGGAGAGAGAAUGUGAAAUAUGAGGCACAGUGCAAUCAUGAGCUUCCAGCUUUUACCCUCACGUUCAUAUGCAGGUAUGCGUACAUGUAAAUAUCACAUCUGUAGGCACAUCUGGUAUUUCUUUCAUUAUGUUUGAUGCGAGUUCCAUGGCAGUUCUCAGCAGCACUUGCUUUUCAACAUUGAGUCUUUGGUUAUUCCUAGAUACCUACUGGAGUUUUUCUUGUAUUUUUAUCAAGCAACAUAUGUUCUGAUUUUCACUGAAAUGUAAAAAAAAAAAAACUAAUUUUCUAAAGCACAAAAGUUGAAUAAGGAAAGACAAACUAGAGUGAGACUGUCUACAUACGGACAUUGAGAAACACACGUUCAAAUGACACACUUAACACACAUAGACACACACAGACACACACACACACGCAGGAAUGUGUUGAUAGUCCAAUGAUACUGGGAAAUGACGAACCUCCUGUAAAUGUUUUAUUUUGUUUCUUUCGGUUAUGAUAUGGCCCUGUAGAAUCUGAUUCUCUGCAUUAGUCUUUAAAUAAAAAGAAAACAACUGAAA